AUGCGAGGAUACUUCUACAAUAACCGCGGCUUUUAUUUAUUAAUAGGCGCCACCUAUCCAUGCUGGACUUGUCAUAGGGACGGAAUAAAUGCUAUUCUCCGCGAAGUGGACAAGUAUUUCCUUCAAAUGAAAAAUCAUCGGAAAAGCCGCUUAUGCGCGCGCAGUGCUUCUCCGGUUGUGGAACAGUGGAUCCAUGUAACUACAUUAUUCCAGACCCCGUGGUGGUAG